AUGAGCCUAUCGCAAACCAUGGCGAGCACUGUAGCCACACUGGAUACCCGAACGUUGAUCCGUAAAAUCAGAGACUCUGAAACUGGUGGUUUGGAAUCUGUUAAGAAUGAACAUUACUUCCAUGGUCUAGUACCGAAAGCUCAAACUGCGAAGCUUCUGAAGAAGAAAGGAGAUUAUCUUGUUCGGCAAGCUCUGCAAUCGGAAUGUUCGCGUAGGCGAAGUGAUGAUUCAUUUGAGCAAUUUAUUAUAUCCGUGAGAACGGAGAAGAAUACUACGAAACUAGUGAGGACUGAGGAGAUAUCGGAAAUAUGCAAAGACCCAAGUAAAGUGGAAUCAGAUACUUGUGUUCGACACAUUCUUGUCAAAUAUAGCCGUCGUGAACGUCUAUACUAUGUUAAAGAUUUCGGUUUCAAACAUGUUUCUGGCUUGAUAGACUAUCAUCAGCGCAAGAAACAUCCACUUGAUGAAGAGGGAACGCUGUUGAAAUAUCCUGUAAAGCGAGCCAAGUGGCAACUGAAUCAUGAACAAGUCAAGAAAGAUAAGCUCAUUGGAAGUGGAGCGUUCGGCGAAGUAUGGUCUGGUGAACUUCGUCUCGGGAUUUUGAGAAAACGGCAAGUUGCUAUCAAGAUUAUUAUUGGUUCCAUGACUGUGGCUGAUCACGAGGGCUUCUUUGAGGAAGCUAUGCUGAUGCAUGAAUUUGUACACCCGAAUGUUGUUCGCUUGCACGGUGUUGCUCUAAACGAGAAUCCCGUAAUGAUUGUAAUGGAAUUAGCAGAAGAGAACUCUGUGUUAGAUGCUGUUAGUGCAUCACGUAUAAGAAGAGACAAGAAAGGAAAACCGUUAACUGCUCUACCGGAUAAUCCGAAACUUUUGAAUGUUCGUGGGCCAGCUGAUCCCUCAGUCCAAAUUCGUACGAAGUUAUGUCUCGGAGCAGCUCGUGGAUUAGCUUAUAUCGCAAGCAAAAAUGUUAUCCAUCGAGAUAUAGCAGCUAGAAAUGUUCUUAUUGGACGUGGAUAUGUUGCGAAAAUAUCAGAUUUCGGUCUGGGAGUCAUGGCUAAAGAAAGACGAGAGAAACGUUUAAAUAAAGUGCCUGUUAGAUACUUAUCGCCAGAGACGCUCAAGAAUGGAAGUUACACAUCAAAAACGGAUAUUUGGAGUUUCGGAGUAUUUUUGUGGGAGGUUUUUCAUGAUGGAUUGGAGCCUUAUUAUUCGAUCGAUACAUCGGCAGAGAUAGUGAAGUAUGUAAAGCAAGGCAAUACACUACCCAACUCAUCAGAGUUCUAUCCUGAAUCGUUAUGGCUACUAACGACGAAAUGUUUCCAGUUCAACCCUGAUGAUCGUCCGACAGCUUCUGCUUGUGUUGAUGUUAUAAGUCAAGAAUAUUCCAAAUAUAAAUGGAAAUUAAAUUUCUCUUUUUGUGUGUGCAGUUGCGCCUUUGCCAUCCAAAAUGAAGUAAAAAAAUAA